GAACAGCAUGGAUCCUGAUCAGACUGUGCGGACGCGCAGGCUGGUCUGGAUCCAUGUUGGUCGCAAACCCAUUAUGUUGGUUUUGUCGUGACGCGGCUCAAAUGUUGGGCAUAUGUGUGUCUGAUUAUAGAUCAGACAUCCCUUACACACCACCACAUUCACAUACAUUUGUGCUUAAUGAUAUACUAUGCACAUCUUUCAGUAACAUAUUUUAUCACAGAAAUUUAUUGAAAUCUAUAAAAUUCUUACUAAAUAUGUUUUAUUUAAAUAAUCAAAGGGCUGUAUGCUCUGUGGUAUUUUCUGAUCUUUCCUGUAUAAGUUUAUUUUUAUAUACUAUUAUUCAUCUUACGCAGGGACUGCGUUUAACAUGCAGUUUGUGAUUGAUACAUAUGGAAUUUUGCAUGCUUAGAGUUGCAUCAAAAAUCAUUUUUCAUUUUUUAUUACAACCACACUUUAUCCUUGCAUAUCGUGGCAACUUCCUUAAAAAAGCCACUUCAAAAAAAUGUUGCCUCGACAAGGAUUUUAACCUCAGGCCUCUCACACCUUAAACGAGCGCGCUACCUCUGCACCACAGUGAAGUAAUACGUAUGUAGCGUGAAUAAAAACAAAUAUAUUGUAAUUCUAAAAUUGAGAAUUUUCAUUUCGUAUUUGUAAUCCUUAUUUAUUUCGAGGUAUUUUGUUCACGAUAAACCUGUUGUUAAACACUGAUGAAAAUAAUUUAGCGAAAAUCUUCUCGCCAAAACAGUCCGACAUGUAAAAAUUCCAUUACUCGACAGUCAGAUUUAUUUGUGUGCUACGCUCUGGAGUAUUCGGUAAUCGACAUAGCUAAAAAUAGGAUUUUCAUUGAUUAAGCUUUACGGAAAUAGUGGAACAUUUUUCAUUGGGUAAAAAAAGAUAUUCAUCCGCGAAAUUUGUGAUUGUAACCUCAUAUUUCUAUUGACUAAUGUAAACUUUUAAUGCACUGUAAUUCGUUCAAUGCCUACAUUAAAAUUAUUAUUUCUUUAAAUUGCUGGUUUUUAAGCAGUUUUGAGUGAGAACUACUUUGCGUUGUUAGGUCUGUGAGGAAAUUUUGUGUUAGACCGUGGAUGUUAGCUAUGUAUUUACUGAUUUUGCGAUCAGAAAAUACAAAAACACAUACACAUAAUGUAUAGGAAUCUGCUUUCCUUAUUACGGGUCAAGUAAAGUUGUGUCUGUCUUUAAAAGAAACUUCCAUAUAUAUAUUUUUUGUAAUAACACUAUACGUUUACGAAUGUAUAUUCAUACUGCCCACUUACAGUGUAAAGGAUUGAAAGAACAAUAUUUGUAUGAAGCCAAAUCAUAUUUAUUUUAUUCUACAGGAAAAAAUCAAGUUUGUACUGUAUUAACUACUAAGUCGUGGCCACGAGUUACUAGAUCGUUUUAGUCGUGGGAACGAGAUAACUGUGUCGUGCAGACGAAAUAAUUUAAUCAGAUUACACCAUGAUUUUCUAAACUUAGAAAAUUUCUGUUUAAAGAUUUACGUGCAACAUUAUUUUUUUGAAAAUACUGAAGUGUUCACUUUGAACUUGAUACAUGUCUUAAGGAUCAUCAGGCCCAUAAACCAUACAUUAAUUUUGACUUAGUUAUAGCCCUUUGUUUGAAUAAUUCUAUGAUAGAAUUGGUCAUUUUGUACGUACAACGGCCUGUUAACAUUUGAGAGGGACUUAGUCCUGGUUUAUUUUAUUGGGUAGGGACAUUGCCCAUGGACAGUAGAUAUCCUAUGAGGAUGUUUGAGGUCACGGGUCAGACAAACAUGACACUUCAUGUAAAAUCAUUGUCUAAUCGAUGAAUGAUUUAGAAAGAAUAAGCUGUAGUUUAUAUAACCUAAAAAGAUCAGUAGAUGACAUCUAAUAAUUUUUCGGCAAUUUGGUCAGAAAUCAGGGUCACAAUGACGCUAAAUCUUUGACCAAUCAAUAACUUGUAUGAAUGUACGUACUUUUACGGACAGGAGAAGUAGGGGCAUCCUUGUUAGGAAAAUUCAUAUAAAUAGUGUAAUUUGAUUGGUUAUUAAAUAUCUCGUUCCCACGACUUAACUAUCUCGUGGUCACGACUUAGUAACCCGUGGCCACGACAUAGUAUCUCGUGCGCAUGAGAUAAAUAAAAACACACACAUGUCACCUUUGUGCCACCGUAAGUUUGAGCAUAGUAUAUCUUAAAAUUCAAUUUCACUAUUGCUCAUACGACUAUCACACACGCCCAAAAAGAAGUGUAAACAAUUAUAUAAGAGGUGAGUUGCCACUUGUAGGAUGAGUUAUUAGAGAAAUCUAUAACAUUUUUUUUCACAUGCUGGCGGAAUCUUCAAAAACACGCACUUUUCGUCUGUCGCAUCGUGUUCCCUUGUUUUCCAGUAAAUUUUCCCUUUACAUGUCAGUCUCCAACUAACACUGUUCUGUAUACGCCCCUGUAUAAAGGGGACGUAAAUUUGUUUUACUCCACGUGCCAAAAUACGGGAUCAUCCGGAAAAUAACGGGAUGUACCGAUAAAGCGACACCUGCUGUCAUAAUACGAACACAAAUUAUUGCAACUCGCAUUGUGCUUACUGCCAACUGCUUAGUGCGUACUGUCACAUGCGACUAUAAUAUCGCUAUCGUUGUCAUCUUCGUUGUCGAUGCGCAGUGAUCCUAUAUUGCAUUAUAUUUGUAAUCAGUGAAUAUAUUGAAGCAUAUGAAUGCUAAGACACAUCAAAUUCGCCAAUUAUUGAUCAAAAUUAAUAAUUUAUUGUGACAUAAUGUCGACAAUAUAAGGCAAAUUAAAGGUACUGACAGAAACUAACCAUGUGACAUUUAGUUAUAUCAAGAACAAGCAAAGAAUGGUAUCUUAAACACCAAACAUAAUACGUUGAUCUUUAUAAAAGAUGCAAUUAAACAUAUAGCAUAUUAAAAUAUGUGAGUUUGAUGGUUUAGUAGGGAACACAUAAGGUUGCAAUUACAUGAAAGUGCAUUCAGUAAUAAUAAGGCAUGAUUGAAUUCAGCAAAACGCAGGUUUUCAUUGUCAUAAAGAAGUAUAGAAGCAAGCAUAAUGUAAGUCCCAAUAUCAUAAAGCAAGAUGGAAUAAAUGCACUAAUUCUGUUCCAUAAUUUACCGUCGUCUGAUGUAAUGCAUUCAGUGCACAGUGAUUACGUUUCACGCUGUACGGAAGUUGGGAAGUUGGUUUAUCAACAUUUAAAGAUAUAUGGGAAACGUGUGUGCCCUAUAUAAAAUAUCCUCGCCGAAAGAGGAUGUGUGUAAAGCCUGUGAGGUCUGUAAACAGGAUAUUAAGCUUGCCCAGGGUGAAAACGACAAGAUAGAGGCAACCUUGAAAUACCAUCAACAUGUACUGCAAGUAAGAAAGGAACGUGACCUUUACAUGGAACUUGUAGAAAAAUCAAAAUCAAUGUUUGUAAAUCGGGAACAACACAACCAGGCUGCCGAUGAUAACCUUUCUACAAAUGACGUACAUUAUACGUUUGACGUCAGUCAGUAUGUUAAGUUGUCACAUCAUGCACAAGAAAAGGGACCCAUAUUUUUCAUUCAGUCGAGAAAAGUGCAGAUAUUUGGUUUCCGAGCCGAUGGCUACAAACAGUACAAUUAUCUCAUAGAUGAGGACCAAACAAUUGGUCAGAAUAAGAAUAGAUCUAUACGUUCUAGCCUAACUGUCAUAGUGUACGAUGAUUGGAUCGCAUAGAAAAUACAUGAUGCAAUUAUCAGAACAUACAAGGUAGUUUUGAACUUUUAAUUGUUCUAUUAAAAGGUUAACAGAUAUUAGUUACCCUAAAAUACAUAUACUACGUAAAUUCCCAAUGGGACGAGAACUUGAUUUUUAAACAUGUUUUCUUAAUCUCUGCCUGUAAAUUCAUGUAAUCAGAAAAAGGAAAUGCAAAUCACAAGUUCAGGCUCUAAAAUCAUGUAUAUAAUACAAGUUUGCUUCUUUAAAAAGAAGCCUGCGAGAGGAUUUUUUGCUGCUGUGGAAAAUUUGUGUAAUUCGAAAAUAUUUGGGGAUAUUUUUGCAUAACAGACACAAUGAAUGUUUAUAAAUUACAAUUAUUUAACAAAAUAGAAUUUAUUAUUGCAAUGAAAGUUUAUUUUACAUUUCAUCUUUUUUUAAUGUUUUAAAAGAUUACAUGCCGGAGAAAUGGACUUUUUUCUUGGCGCAAUAGGGAUACUUUUUCUACAAAAAAAAAUUGUAAAAUUACUUAAUGUAAAUUAAAUGAUAUAUAGAGGAUAUUAAAUGAGUGUAGUUUAAUACUAAAUUUAUUGAACGAGUUGAAUAAAAUCAUAUUAUGCGAGCCUCUGGCGAGCAUAAUAUUGUUUUAUUCAACGAGUUCAAUAAAUUUAGUAUUGAAUCUACACGAAUAUAAUAUUCUAUUUAUCACAUACAUAAAAUAAGAACAGUAAACUGUUAAAAUGAGUAAUUUUUCAAUGACGCGCCCAUAGUGUAACGCUAACAUUAGCGCACUUUAA